UUGGUGGAGAAGGCGGCAGCCGUCCCAGCAGAGGCGACGACGGGGCGGUCCCAGGGAGUCGGGACGAGCCGGAGCGCGUCCCCCCCUACCGCUGCGCUGGUCGCUCGCGUUCCGCCGGCCCGGUCCGUGCCGCCCUUUAGUGUGGCGGCCACCACGGGACCAUGGCUGCGCUCAUGGUGCUCCUGUCCUUGUUGGCGGCGGGUGUUUUGGGGAACGAGUUUAGUAUAUUAAGAUCACCAGGGUCUGUUGUUUUCCGAGAUGGAAAUUGGCCUAUACCAGGAGAGCGAAUCCCGGAUGUGGCUGCAUUGUCCAUGGGCUUCUCUGUUAAAGAAGACCUUUCUUGGCCAGGACUUGCGGUGGGUAACCUGUUCCAUCGUCCUCGGGCUACCGUGAUGGUGAUGGUGAAGGGAAUAGACAAACUUGCUCUACCCCCAGGCAGUGUCAUUUCAUACCCUUUGGAGAAUGCAGUUCCUUUUAGUCUUGACAGCGUCGCAAAUUCCAUUCACUCCUUAUUUUCUGAAGAAACUCCUGUAGUUUUGCAGUUGGCUCCCAGUGAAGAGAGAGUGUAUAUGGUGGGGAAAGCGAACUCGGUUUUUGAAGAUCUCUCUGUAACAUUACGACAGCUCCGCAAUCGCCUGUUCCAAGAAAACUCUGUUCUCAAUUCACUUCCCCUCAAUUCUCUGAGUAGGAACAAUGAGGUUGAUCUGCUCUUUCUUUCUGAAUUGCAAGUGCUACACGAUAUUUCAAGUUUGUUGUCUCGGCAUAAGCAUCUAGCCAAGGAUCAUUCUCCUGAUUUGUAUUCGCUGGAGCUGGCAGGUUUGGAUGAAAUUGGGAAACAUUAUGGGGAAGAUUCUGAACAAUUCAGAGAUGCUUCCAAGAUCCUUGCUGAUGCUCUGCAAAAGUUUGCAGAUGACAUGUACAACCUUUAUGGCGGGAAUGCAGUGGUGGAGUUAGUGACUGUCAGAUCAUUUGACACGUCUCUCGUCAGGAAGACAAGGACUAUUCUGGAGGCAAAACAAGCAAAGAACCCAUCAAGCCCCUAUAACCUCGCAUAUAAGUAUAACCUUGAGUAUCCAGUGGUUUUCAACAUGGUAUUUUGGAUAAUGAUCGCCUUGGCCUUGGCUGUGAUUAUCACAUCUUACAAUAUCUGGAACAUGGAUCCUGGAUAUGACAGCAUUAUUUAUAGGAUGACAAACCAGAAGAUUCGAAUGGACUGAACUUCCUCAUGCCAGACUUAGAAAAGGGGUUGGAAAUUGGCUGUUUUGUUAAAAUCUUUUAGUGUAGUCUAAAAGUAGAUGGUAUAGGGGCGCCUGGGUAGCGCAGUUGUUAAGCGUCUGCCUUCGGCUCAGGGCGUGAUCCCGGUGUUCCCGGAUCGAGUCCCACAUUGGGCUCCUCUGCUGGGAGCCUGCUUCUUCCUCUCCCA